CAAUAAUGUCUUCACUCUUCAUUAUAUAUUGGAAUUAACAAGCAGAGGAAGGAAUAAGAACACUCACACACGCACACACACACGUAUAUAUAGAGAGAGAUAGGUGAGUAGAGAGGAGAGAGAUGAGUGGGGAAAGAAAUGGCGAUGUGGAGAAAUCGACGAUCAUGAUUCCUCAAGUGAAGUUCACAAAGCUCUUCAUCAAUGGGGAGUUCGUUGAUUCUAUAUCAGGGAAAACUUUCGAGACAAUUGAUCCAAGAAGUGAAGAAGUAAUUGGUAAGGUUGCAGAAGGGGAUAAGGAAGAUGUUGAUUCAGCUGUCAAGGCUGCUCGUGAGGCGUUUGAUCAUGGCUCAUGGCCCAGACUGCCCGGUUCUGAAAGGCAGAAAAUAAUGCUGAAAUUAGCGGACCUUAUCGAAGAAAAUGUAGAAGAACUAGCUGCUAUAGACACAAUGGAUGCUGGCAACUUAUAUAGUCUGGGGAAGAUGAUGUCUAUCAGCAGUGGAGCCCAACUGUUCCGCUACUACGCUGGCGCGGCCGACAAAAUCCACGGUGAAACCUUAAAAAUGUCGAGAGAGCUGCACGGCUACACACUGCUUGAGCCUGUGGGCGUGGUUGGACACAUAAUCCCAUGGAAUUUUCCGACUCAGAUGUUUUGCAUGAAGGUCGCGCCUGCGCUGGCCGCUGGUUGCACCAUGGUUGUCAAGCCGGCCGAGCAAACUCCCCUUUCCGCCCUCAUUUAUGCUCAUUUGGCCAAACUGGCCGGUGUGCCCGAUGGGGUGAUCAAUGUCGUGACGGGCUAUGGAGCUACGGUUGGUGCUGCAAUCAGCUCACAUAUGGACAUUGACAUGGUGAGCUUCACGGGGUCGACAGUGACGGGACACCGGAUAAUGGAGGCAGCAGCAACAAGCAACUUAAAGCAAGUUUGCCUAGAAUUGGGAGGCAAGUCUCCCUUCAUCGUGUUCGAUGAUGUGGAUGUUGAUAAGAUUGCUCCUCUUGCUCUCAAUGCUUGUCUCUUUAACCAGGGCCAAAUAUGUGUGGCUGGGACUCGUGUGUUCGUCCAAGAAGGGAUAUAUGAUAAAUUUAUCGGAAGAUUGUUGGAAGAGCUGAAAACAUGGGUUGUUGGUGACCCUUUUGAUCCACAUGUUAAUCAAGGCCCACAAGUUACUAAGAAACAAUACGAAAGAGUUAUGUGGUAUAUUGAGCUUGGCAAGAAGGAAGGAGCCACGUUGUUGACGGGUGGAAAGCCUUUGGAUCGGAAGGGCUACUAUAUCGAGCCCACUAUAUUCACUGAUGUCAAGGAUGAUAUGACAAUCGCCAAGGACGAGAUUUUUGGACCUGUUAUGUCAAUCAUGAAAUUUAAGAGUAUGGAAGAGGUUAUAAUGAGGGCGAACAACACAAAGUAUGGAUUGGCAGCAGGUAUCAUGACCAACAACAUUAACACUGCAAACACAGUUUCGAGGUCGAUCAGAGCUGGUUCAGUAUGGAUCAAUUGUUAUUUUGGGUUUGACAAUGAUGCACCAGCUGGGGGUUAUAAAAUGAGUGGAUUUGGGAAGGAUUUGGGGAUCAACGGCCUUCACAAAUAUCUUCAAGUUAAAUCUGUUGCCACUCCCAUAUAUAAUUCUCCAUGGCUUUGAUUUCUUUUCAGUUUUUGGGUUUGCUUUUGGGACAUAUAUAACACACUAUCUCAUGUCUUGAUUUUCACUAUCUGUUUUUGUAAUUAAUCUUGAUGCUACGUCCUGUGUGUAUGUUGUGCCUUUUCUGGGGGAUAAAACUUGCAUGUUUAUAUUUUA